AUGGGCCUCGGCCCGUGCUGCUCCUCCUGCCUGGGCCAUCUCUGGCGGCGCGCGGCGGAGUCUGGCGGCGACGACAGCUCGGUGGGCUCCUUCGGGCUGCCCCGCGCCUCCAGCGGCCGCGGCAGCCACCACGGCACGGGCGGCGGCUCCUCGUCCUCGCGGCGGGCCUGGGCCGAGGUGCCCGAGGGUUGCGGCCUGACCCUCAAGCUCGACCCCGAGGGCAUCUGCCGGAUGGGCUUCACUCCAGACACGGGGGUGCCCUUCCACCCAAACAUCCGUGUGCCCAUCGCUCUGCGCGGCCUCAGGGAGCUGGGCGGCGGAGGCAGCGGUGUGACAGUCGUCGCUGGCUACGAUCCCUCGCUUGGCAAGAUCGUGUUCAAGCACGGAGGCGAGAGGGACACGGCCGAGUUCUUCGCCCUGGGUACGAUUGAGGAGCAGCUGCGGCAGCGUGGCAGGGCCAACGACGCGGCCGAGGCUGCCAAGUACAUGUGGGACCGCACGCCGGACUUCAAGUUCCUCUACGUGAGCAGGGUGCAUUUGAAGAACCGAGGCGCCCAGUUGUGGGGCGAGUUUAAAUUCAAGCUGAAGCGCCAGAUCGCCAAGAGGCGCGGCACGAACAUUUCUCAGGUGAUGCGAUCGAGCGUCAUGAUGCGCCUCGGAAGCCGCGGGGUCGAGACGCCAGUGCAGUCCAGCCCCGAGAGCGAAGCAACUCCCACGCCGUCAGGCAAAGUGGACAAACCUAUCAGGCUCUGCAGGCAGGCCUCUGGCGGCGACGAGUCUGAGGUCGUGAGCUUUGUUGAUGGCAGGCUCCAGAUCGUGCUGGAGACCCAGGAGGACGUCUGGACCGACCUGAUGGCGCAGGAGGAGGUGCGCUGCUGCAGACCUGGGGGUGACUUCAGCUACUUGCAGCGGUUCUGCAAGCAGCUGGUAGAGCUGCAGAGGCAGCACCAGUGGAAGUUCACCCUGGCGCAGAAGGCAAUCGGUGGGCAGUCGCCCGUCACUUGCUGCAAGCUCCUCGUGAGAGACCAGCUUCGCGGCGAGCUGCUGAGGAAGCUGGUCGGCGAAUACCUGGUGGUCAUCGAGCACCUGCGGAAGCUGACGUUCCCGCAGGAGAGGAGCUUCCACGCGGAGGCCCAGGAGGAGUUCGACAGGGUGAGGACUGGCGCCCAGGAGGUGCUGUCGCCCGCCUGCGACACCUACCUGGGCCUCGCAGUCAAUAAGAAUUUCGAUCCCGCGAGGGGCCGCUUCAGGAAGCUUCGCGACAUCGGCCAGGCUUUUCGAUCCGGCCAGCUGGGCGGGAAGGCGCUGGUCCUGAUGGACGGCGAGGCUGUCCCGGCCCAGCUGCUGGGCCGCAUCUUGGACCGGGGGGCCCGGAUGGAGGACACCUUCGCGGGGGGCGUCCACGGCCCGACGGCGCUGGACACCCACGGGGACUCGUGGCUUGGGCUCCUGGAGGAGGUGCUGCGUCUCCAGGGCCCCGCCGCGCGGGAGCGCGUCUGGACGUGCGGCGUGAGCGACGGCGGCCUGCACAACCUCUUCCUCGAGGCCACGGGCCUCUGGCUGUUCGACAUGGGCGAGCCGGCGUUGAUGUCCCUGCCCGGCUUCCUGACCAAGUUCCUCUUCUCCUUCUUCUCGGGGGAGCCGGCCCCCGACACGGAAUCGAAGAAGCUGGGCCGCCAGGUGAGCCCUGGCGCUGGGUCGGAGUGGGUCAACCGCUUCAGCUACGACGAGGGCCCCAAGGUGGAGCUCACUAGUGCCACCGCAGGGCUGCUGGCAAGUGCUGAGGCUGCGUUGCAAGAGACGCUUCGGAGCCUGGUUGCCGAGGUGUUCGACGGCGAGCAGGAGGUGGUCGGUGUCCUGAUCAGGUACGUCAUUCUACAGCUGCUCUCGGACGCCUCGUUCUGUCUGGAGAAGUGGCAGAUCAAGGGCGGCGGCGCGGCGCGCGGCGGCGACCGCGGCGGGAGCCUGGAGAAGUGGCUCUGGCGGGCGCUGUGGGACGUGUUUGCGGCCAGCUACGUGGCCUGCAGAGGCUGGCCCGAGAGGCCGGCCGGCGGCGGCGCCGCCGCAGCUGCGGCCCGCGCCGGAGCAGCAGCCGCGAAGUGA